UCUCUAAGGAUACAGUUAUUGAACAACACUUGGAAGAUUUUCAACUGGAGGUGCCAACGGUGGGGGUGCCUAAUGGUUCCUCAGAGCAAACAAAUCAUUUAUGUUAUUGCACUGAGCCAUUAAUAGCGCCAGAAUCCUAUGCUCAAAUCAUUCACACGAACCCAACAAGUGGUUCAGGUGAAGAAGUUGAGCCACAGAAUCUCUGCACCAUUUCCAGUUUCACUAACUCAUUUCGCCAAUUUGACGAUGAGGAAAAUAUGAAGGUUGAAGGUUCACCUUCUUCUGAGUCCGAAAGAACAGAAGCAAUAAAUAUACUGCCAUCAGUUAGUCUAGAGGCAGAACAACUUCUUUUUGGUGUCUUUGACGAAGUUAAAAGCAGUGAAAUCCAGAUAAUGGAAUCAGGAUUUCCGGGAUAUAUAGAUAUAGAAAAUUUCCCCUCAUGCAGCCCAGAUGGCACUGAAGAGCUGGAUACCGAUCAAUCACACUCACCACCGGAAAAAUUUGUUGAAGAUAAUCAAUCACCUGAUUCGAAGAACUCGACAGGAAAUAUGAGGGUAGCAUCAAGUCCCAUAGGUAUUACUAGAAGUCAUAAGGCCGCUAUCAAGGAAGUUGGGCGGAUGGCAGAAUCAUUGCCUAUUAUUUGGUCUCAGAUUGAUGGUUUUGGUGGACAUGAUGAUCAUUGGUUAAGCCAUUCACUGGAUUCAAAUUCCGAACCCCUGAAGUGGACAAUGCAAAGCAAAGAUAAUUUGAGCUCUAUAAUAGCAGACGGAAAUGAAGAGCACCAAUUCGCGGCAGAGCUGCUAGAUAUCAAGGAUGCCCUGGUAACUGGGGAGCUCAAAGACAUUCCUUUCAAUCCUGCAAUUGGAAUGGUUUCAUUUGGAGGUGCACAAAUACUAGAACCAAAAGGCACGAUGGCUGUUAACCAGGUUGAGAAAACUAUUACAGGAGAUCCAUCAAAAGAAAGUAUUUCUCCAAGUGGAAACUGGAGACUGUGGCCUUUCUCCUUCAGGCGCUCGAGAUCACGGAAGGCCAUGCAAUCAGUUCUAUCUGAUGUCACAACUUCAGACGUUGUAAAUGCUUCAGAGAUCAAGAUGGGCGUGAUUGAAGGUAAAAAUAUGCUUGAAAGCAAGGCGGUAAAGAAAAUGGUAAGGGUCCUUUGUCCAACAUCUGAACAGCUGGCAUCUCUGAAUCUGAACGAAGGAAGGAAUACCAUAACCUUUACAUUCUUGACUCCCAUGUUGGGGAAACAACAGGUUGAUGCCAGAAUUUAUCUGUGGAAAUGGAACACUAAAAUAGUAAUCUCAGAUGUUGAUGGAACAAUAACUAGAUCUGAUGUUCUGGGUCAAUUUAUGCCCCUGGUUGGAGUAGAUUGGUCACAUUUAGGUGUUGCACAUUUGUUUUCAGCCAUUAAGGAAAAUGGAUAUCAAUUGCUUUUUCUUAGCGCUCGUGCAAUUUCACAGGCCUACCUCACAAGGCAAUUUCUGUUCAACCUUAAGCAGGAUGGAAAGGCUUUACCGGAUGGGCCUGUAGUUAUUUCCCCUGAUGGGCUGUUUCCUUCUCUUUAUCGAGAAGUUAUCAGGAGGGCUCCUCAUGAGUUCAAGAUUUCAUGCUUAGAGGAGAUCAGGUCAUUGUUUCCUCCUGAUUGCAAUCCUUUCUAUGCUGGUUUUGGAAAUAGGGAUACUGAUGAAAUCAGCUACCUUAAGGUUGGAUUACCAAAAGGAAAAAUCUUCAUCGUCAAUCCAAAGGGAGAGGUUGCUGUAAACCGCCGUCUCGACACGAAAUCAUACAAAUCCCUUCACGCUCUUGUUAACGAUAUGUUUCCACUGGCGACAUCAUUUGAGCAGGAGGACUUCAAUUCAUGGAAUUUCUGGAAACUUCCGCCGCCAAUAAUUGAUGUUUAAAGCCUUCAAAGAAGCUCGAGUGCUUCAGCUUCAUCAAAAUGCAGGAACGCCGUCGCGCAGCUAUUAUAAAAUCGUUCUCGGUUCAGAUCAGAAGCGGCCAAGGCUAUAUAUACAAACGUUCAAUUUUGUACAACACGAGCUGAUCUGCAACUAUAGAAGUGAAAAUAAUCAGCUAAUACAAAGUCUCAGAAAGAAGAUCAGUUGUUGUUCGUUUUGCUUGUAUUUUUGUUUGGUCGAGUGCUUCAAAAACAGACCAAUUUCUGAUUUGUAUAUAUAUGGGCCAUGCGAUCCAAGGACAGGAGAAUAUGUCAGUAAGGGUAGGAAGUCACAUGUUUUUUUUUUUUUUUU